CUACAAAUGACAAAACAACAGUUCACCCAAGUAAGAGAAGAAGUUCAAGAAAUUCAAGAACUUGAAAACAAAUUUUUGAAAUCCCACCAACACCCAGUUCCAACACUGCAAUGUACAUUUCCCAUCCAUAGUUUAAAGGAUUUUUCUAAUAAUGCGAGCCAAAAAGUGUUUUUUUUUGAUAUUGAUAAUUGUUUAUAUUCAUCAAAAUUACAAAUUCAUCAAAUGAUGCAGAGAGCUAUUCAAAACUAUAUUUCUCAAGAAUUAAAUUUAUCUUCAGACGAUGCCAUAGGAUUAAAUCUGAAAUACUAUCAGGAAUAUGGGCUAGCCAUACAAGGAUUAAAAACACUCCAUUCCAUAGAUGCUUUGGAAUAUAAUCGAAAAGUGGAUGAUGCACUUCCUUUACAUGAUAUUAUUAAAAAGGAUUUGGUUUUACGAAACAUUUUGAUCAAGCUAAAAAAUAAAAAUGUCAAACUUUGGUUAUUCACAAAUGCUUAUAAAAACCACGCACUCAAAGUCAUUUCUUUACUAGGAAUUGCUGAUUUAUUUGAUGGAUUGACUUACUGUGAUUAUGCUCAAGAAAACUUUCUUUGUAAACCAUAUAAAAUGAUGUUUUUAAAGGCAAUUAAUGAUUCUGGUGUGGUUAAUUCUCAGGAAAACGCUUAUUUUAUUGAUGAUUCACGUUUGAAUUGCUUAAAGGCAAAAGAAUACAAUUUUUUUAAAAAAGUUUUUCAUCUAAUUGAAGAUGAAAGUGAAUACAAUGAUUGUGCAGACAAUUGUAUAUUAAUUAAAGAUAUUCACGAUUUAACUACAGUUGUUCCUGAACUAUUC